AUGGAAAAUAGGGGUGUAGACAAUACUAAGAAGAGUCAUUUUGAUGAUCUUAAUAGAGAAGAACUUAUAACAAAAUGUAAAAGUCUUUUGGUAAUCGCUCAGAAAGCAAAACAAGCAAAGUCAGAGUAUCAAUCUGAAGUGAAUAAAUAUCAAAAUGAAAUAUUGGAAUAUGAGAAAGAGAAGAAGGAUAAUCUAUCAUCAAUUAAAACUUUACAAGAGCUUGUGGAUUCGCUGACUGAACAAAAACUGAAUUAUAUAACUGAAAUUGAUGCACUACAUAGUAAAUUAAAAACUGCUAAUGAGACAUGUUCAAUGUACGAAGACAAUAUUGAAAAGUUUAAAGCAAAUAUUAUAGUGAAAGAUCAACAACUUUCAACAUCUUUAAAACAAGUGUCGGAUCUAGAUUGUGAAAUUAUAUCAAUUAAGAGACAACACAAUCGACUUUUAGAUGAGAAUGAACAACUUAUUAAACAAUUAACUGACCUUGAAGCCAGUGCUUCAGAAUUUAAUAAUAUUGGGCUACAGCAAAGGGAGCAGCUGCAAUUAUUAGAGCAGAAAAUACAGAAUGAUGGUAAUAGUAAAGAAAAAAUAACUGAAUUAAAUGAAAAAAUUAAAGAAUUGGAAUAUACCUUACAUAACAGUGAAACAGAAUUACGUAAUAAAGAUGCUGAAUACAAAGAUAAAAUGGGGGAAUUGCAAAGUAUGUAUGAAAGUGAAAAGUUAAAAAAAGAUAAAAUAAGCCUAAAAUUUAAAAACUAUAAAGAUAAAAUUUUAAAAUGUGCUUCAUGUAUUAAUCAAUUGAAAUAUGACAGAUUUAUUUUGACAAAAACAGUAAAAGAAUAUUCUGAAAGUAUACCGAAGUGGCAAAAUGAAAUAAUGAAAGCAUCUAAAAUAUUGGAUGUUCAAAUGAAUGCUUUGAACACAGAGAAUUUGGCAUUAAAGGCACGAAUUGAAAAAUUAGAAGAACAGGUCAAUGAUGUUAAUUUAUUGCAAAAUAGUGAAAAUGUUAAAGUAAGUAAUAUUCAAGCUGAAAAACAAGCACUGACUAAAGAAAUUGCACUAUUAAAAGAACAGAACAGUGAUUUUAAAACUCAAAAUGCAAAACUCCAAAAGGACUUGUUAGAACUAACAAAUGCUUAUGAUGAAUUACGCAAUAUUACUCUAAAUGAGAAGAUACUUGCAAACAAGACACUUAGUGAGGAUCUUACAAUUAAAGUUGCUGAGGUGGAAAAGUUAACUCAGGAAUUAAACCAACUUAAGACGGAGUACCACAAUUUGAAAGAAAACGAAGACAAGAAUGUCAAAGAAAAUUUGCUUUUGCAAAUAAAGGCAUUAGAAAGCGAAAAGUCUAUUCUAGUAAAAGAAAAAUUGAACGCAAAAGAUAUUAAUAUUGAAUUAGAAAAUCAAAAUAGAUCUCUUGCCAUAGAGAAUACGAAAUUGAAAACUGAAUUGUAUACCAUUAAAGAACAAUUUGAAAACGUAUCUACAGAAUGUAUUAAUCUUAAAGACAGUGCCGUAAAAGAAAAGAGUAUAGAGGUACAACAAUUUAAAACCAACAUAACUAGUUUACAAGAACAAUAUGACAAACUAAAGAGAGAUUUUGAAAAUGUCAAUGAUAUGAAUGGAUUGUUAAAAGAAGAAAUAGAUACUUUGAAAUCAUCAUUAGAGCAGCCCCACAAUGAUAAUGACAAUUUGUCUCAUUUGAAUGAGUCUCUUCAAGCUGAUCUAGCAAAAUUGGAGGCUAAAGUAGCAGCAUACAAGCAAGAAAAUGCUUCACUUCUUUCAGACUUGAAAGAACACCGCAGCAAGGUAAAAGAAUAUGACAAUAUUUUUGCAGAAUAUGAAGAUGCAAAAUCAAAACUGCUCAGCUAUAAGACAGAAAAUGCCGAAUUACUGAACGAAAUGAAAGAAAUAAAUCAAGUACUUAAAGAAAGAGGUGAAACUAUUUCUAGGUUACAGAAAGCAGUUACAGAAAUGGAAAAUCUAAUUGAAACCCUUGAGAAAGAAAGAGAUGAAAAGUGUAGUGAAUUCUUAAAUAAAAUAGACUCAUUGGAGACCAGUUUAAAAAAUGCUGAACUAAGUACAAAUCGAAGUAACGAAGAUAGCGAAAAAUUAAUUGCUGAAAGAGAUAAUGCCACCAAGUUGUUAAAAGAGAGAGAAGUACAAAUAACGACAUUAAUAGAGGAAUUAGAGAAGAUUAAGAAGUCUUAUAAUGUAGUUGAACUGCCAAAUGAGGAUAACAUGUCGACAUCGACAAUUUCGAAAGCAGAAGACCAUUCUCGAAUGAAAGAUUUAGAUGAAACUUUCGAGGACAAAUACACAAAAUUGAGAAUUUUCGCGCUCAAACUUAAGAAAAAAUUAAAUGAGACAACAACGCAAUUACAGAGUUCAGAUCAGGAAAAUAGUAGAUUAAAGAAACAGCUUAAUGAACAGAGUGCGAAAGAAAAAUCGAGCGAGGAUGUGGUUGAUUCAGUGAACAAGACUCCAGUACCGCAAGACAGCCAAUUAUUGGUUUCAGAGCAUCAAGAAAAAAUUCAAUCUUUGUCUACUUCGUUACAAAAAGCAGAAGAGGAACUAGCUCAAUGUCAAGAGAAAUUAACUACAGAGCUUAACUCGCAUGCAUCUACAAAACAGCAGUUGGAUAAAGCUUUACGCGACGUGAAGAAAAAGAAUGUGCUCAGCUUAGAAAUGGAGGAUUAUGAGAAAUCCUUGAAGGAUUUAACAAUCAAGAUGGAGGAAAAAAAGAAGAAGAUUGUGCAGAUGGAAUCAACCAUUGAUGCCCAAGAAGGAACGAUAACAGCCUUGAAGACACAAAUCAAGCUUCUAGAAGAGCAGAUAAAAGGAGAAGAAGCUCAAAAACGUAGUCUUAAAGAAGAGCUGCAACAACUUACACAAGAUAAUACAGAGAAAGAUAAUGUUAUAAUCGCGAAGAAAGAAGUGAUAAAUAAAUUAGUUAACGACCUUGAAAGUGAAAAACGGAAGAACGAAGACGCUGAAUUGGAAAUGACGACGUUGCUCAGUGAGAAAGAAAACAGUAUUUUGCAUUUCAGUGAGGAAAGAAUUGAGUUGAAUAAUAAAAUUAAAAAAUUGGAAUUCAAAUGUGCUGAUGUGAAUGAGAAGUUAAAAUUGACAAACAUAGAACUACACGAUCUUAAAACCGAGUACACUAGCUAUAAGGUGAGGGCUCAAGCGGUGCUAAGACAGAAUCAGACAAUUGAUCACAGUCAAGAAGAGCGUCUGAAAGAGGAAACAGCUGCUCUUAAGACGGAAACCACAGCUUUAAACCAUAAGAUGGACGCUUUACAGAAUAAAUUUACGGAACAAAGUGCAGAGUUGGAAGCAACGAGAAAACGCGUCGCGGAAGCCAACGCUGAGGCGACGCGAGCGCAACAAAGAACAGCUCGUCUUCAAACCGACCUUACUCGAUUGUCUCAACAACUUGAAUCUGAGAGAACCCAACAUAAGUUGCAAAUUUCAACAUUAACACAAUGUUACAAGUCGCAAAUAUCGGAUUUAGAAGCAAAACACCAUAAGGAAGUGGACAAUUUGCGCAAACAACUUGCAACAGUACAGGACAGUGUGAAGUAUGGCAAGACGGAACAUGAUUCCCACCAAGACACGAUGGCGUUCGUUCCUAAAGACGACACAAGCGAUGGAGAAAUGGAUAUUAACGUUUCUAUGAUACCUAGAGAAGAGGGAGAGGGUUCCGAAUCAGCACCAUCGCCACCCCUGAUGAAAUCGUUCAUGUCUGGCGGAAGCCGGCGUUCUCCCGUUCCUUUGGAGCGUCUAUUGGAAGAAGGUGUACCUGAAGAUGAACCACUCGACACAGCAUCCCUCUCGCUCACACCUGAACAAGAAAUCGCUGAUCUGAAGCGAAAAGUCUUUACAAUGCAGCAAAGGGUGAAACAUGUGACGGUGCUGCUGUCUGAGUCGGAGCGGGAGUGCGCUCGUCUCGUUCAGCUGAGCGAGCUGCUAAAAUCCGAACUACGGCGGGUCCGGGGCUCCACGCAGAACGCGCAUAACACUGAGUACAUGAAGAACGUCACAUUAAAAUUCCUAACCCUGCCGCCCGGCGAUGAAAGGAGCCGACUGGUUCCUGUCUUGCAGAAAAUUCUUACUCUCUCGACGGAGGAAUCCCAAAAAAUACAAGCUGUUGCCAAAGGGCUGGAUCCGAAUCCAAGUAAAGGCUGGGGCAGUUAUUUACCAUGGCCAGGUGGCAAGUGA